AAUCCCUUUGUCCUGCAAACACCGAAAAAAAAUACUUUGGGGACCAGACAGUGAAGAUCUGCUCAGUGAAUAUGCUCCAUGCAGUCCAAAUUGGCCAUUAGAAGAAAGUGGUUAUCUGUAUGAACAAAGACCCUACGGAGAGCAUGAAUUGUAUCUCAAAAGGCACGAACAUUUCCCGAUAAGCAACGAGGAAAUCAAUGCAACUGAGGAAGGUGUGGAGCCAUCUUUCAGCCACUUACCCACAAACCUCACCUGGACUCCAGAAUUUGAAAUGAGAGGUUCAGAGGAAGUAGCAACAAGAACAGUUUUGCAGCGCCUAAUCCAGGAGCAGUUAAGGUAUGGGAAUCCGAAUGAGAACAUGAACCUGCUGGCAAUACAGCAGCAAGCCACAGGAAGCACAGAACCAUCCAAUAGUACCGGGAGCACGGUCUCUUCCACUGAGAACCUCAUGCAGGAAGAGCCGCAAAUGGUCCGCCAGUCAGCACGCCAGGAACCUCAAGGGCAAGAGCAUCAGGUGGACAACAGUGUAAUGGAGAAGCAGGUACGGGUCACUCAACCGCAGCAGAACAUUGAAGAGCUACCAACUUACGAGGAAGCCAAAGCACAGUCCCAGUUCCUCAGAGGUCAGCAACAAGCAACCGCCGCCCCUGGUUUCUAUGUUACAGAAGUUGUCAAUCAGAAAGCAAGAACAGAGGGGAGACCCACAGUUAAUCGAGCGAGCGUUGGCCAGGCACACAAAGAUGAAGCACUUAAAGAACUUAAACAAGGUCAUGUUCGUUCACUCAGCGAGCGGCUAAUGCAGCUUUCCCUGGAGAGGAAUGGUGUUAAGUCCCAUCCUCCUGUCUCAAACAACAGCUUUCCUUCUCAUCAUGCCAGCAAAACCUAUAAGAAUGGAGGACAUGGCACUGCUCCACCCUCUCCAAAGGGAUUAGACCCACGAGGCCCACCACCAGAAUACCCUUUUAAAGGCAAGCAACUGUUGCCUGCACUUAACAAGCCUCAGGACCAUGGGCACUUUUACAAUGAUCCACACUCCAGAAUGCUGCAAGAAGUAGCCAAACCAUACCAAGCAACUCAGACAAUUAGACAGGAAGCAACCAUCCUGCGAUAUCAGUCACCCCCAGAAUAUGGAUCAGCCAGGCAAUGUCAGGCAUCUUUCCAGCCCCUGCCCUUGCAGCACCACAGCCCCAUGUCUUCCCUGUGCUGUUCAGAAAAGAACACAAUGCAACCAGCACUUGUGGUGGCACCAUUACCCCACCUGCCCCAGCCCCAGCCAGCCGCCUUGCCAAGUCAGCAGCUGCCAGCCGAUGCCAUCGCAAUCGUGGCACGAGCUCAGCAGAUGGUGGAGAUAUUAUCAGAAGAAAACCGUGCCUUACGCCAGGAGCUGGAGGGCUUCUAUGAAAAAACUGCUAAACUACAAAAGUUUGAAAUGGAAAUCCAGCGGAUCUCAGAAGCCUAUGAGAACCUAGUGAAGUCCACCAACAAACGAGAGACUUUGGAUAAAGCUAUGAGGAACAAACUGGAAGGGGAAAUUCGAAGACUCCAUGACUUCAACAGGGACCUAAGAGAUCGCCUUGAGACUGCCAACAGGCAGCUGGCCAGCAGAGAGUACGAUAGUACAGAAGAUAACAAGACAACAGAGGGCCAUUAUAUAACACAGAACAAAGAGCACUUGAAGGAGAAGGAAAAGUUGGAAAUGGAACUAGCUGCUUUGCGCUUAGCCAACGAGGACCAGAGAAGGCACAUUGAAAUCUUGGACCAGGCUCUGAAUAACGCCCAGGCAAAGGUGGUCAAACUGGAGGAGGAGCUACGGAAGAAGCAGGUGUAUGUGGAGAAGGUGGAGCGACUGCAGCAGGCCCUGACGCAGUUACAGGCGGCCUGUGAAAAGCGGGAGCAGCUGGAGCGGAGACUACGCACACGGCUGGAACGGGAACUGGAAUCUCAUCGAGUGCAGCAGCGGCGCGGUGGCUCCCAGAUGACUAAUGUUCCUGAGUACAACGCACCAGCACUUAUGGAGUUACUGCGGGAAAAGGAGGAACGGAUCCUGGCCCUGGAGGCUGACAUGACAAAGUGGGAACAGAAGUACUUGGAAGAAAGUGCAAUGCGCCAUUUUGCCAUGGACGCUGCUGCUACAGCCGCUGCUCAGAGGGACACUACUAUAAUAAGCCACUCUCCAAAUGGCAGCUACAAUGACAACUCAUUGGAAGCACGGAUGUGGAAGGAAGAAGAGGAAACAAAUCGGAGGAUUCAAGAUUUGGAACACAGCAGGGUAUCUGAAGUCACCGGCUUCAACUGCAUCUCUAACAGAAUCAAGAACCUCCAUGCACAGCUAAUUGAGAAGGACGCCAUGAUUAAAGUGCUACAGCAGCGUUCUCGCAGGGAGCCAGGGAAGAUAGAGUCGGGGUCUCUGCGAUCUGCCAGGUCAGUCUCCUCUAUCUCAGGAGGCUCUGGGCUGCACUCUCGACAGACAUCGCUGACCAACAGUCAACCAGCAGAAGAUAAAAAGGAGGAAAAGAACUGGAAAGGAAGUGCGGGGUUGCUUCAAAUGAAAGACAAUCAAGAAAACUCUUCACGCUCCUCACUCCAAGUAUUCACACCCUCAGCCACAGUGAUUUCCACACAUGUUAAAACAGGCAGUAAAGACAAUAGCACUCAGACGGAAAAGAGUCCUGAGCCGAUUCGUCCGAGCAGCGCACCGGCCCAUAGCAGAGGAAGGCUGAACAGCAGCCCUGUUGUGAGGCCUAAAUCGGCCCGUGGGAAUCGAGAGAAGCCAGAGGUUUCCAGCUUUCAUAUCAAGAUGCACGCCAGCAGAGGAACAAACAGCAGUUUUUUCCACAAAGCCGAUUUCCCAGAUGGAGAUGUGGUGGAGAUCCUCAUUUAAAAGGAGACUUUGGAGUUGCUCAGCCUGUAAAAGAGUGAAGCUUGCACUAAGGACUGGAGAAACGUGGAGAGUAUGGAUUUGCGGAGGUUAUGAAAAGCGAGUCUGAGGAAAAUGAUAAGAGGAUGUUUUGGGAGGGUUUCAUUUUGGUUUCUGAAAUGCCAGAUUAUGAAAAGAAUUUUGUGUCUGGAUACAUUCCCAAGUGGAACACAAUGUCAAUUAGUUGGUUAUGUUAUGAGGAGAGAGGGGGGACCCAUGUCAUGUGGGUGAGUUUUUUGGAAUGUAUUUCUAUGGAACUGUAUUCUCAAAGAUACGAAACAAAAAGCACAAUAUUCUGAGCACCCUGUAUUUUGAAUCAGUCUCAUUAUACCUAUGCACUUAUUUUCUACGUGUAUAUAGCAGUUAUCAGUGUUUUAUGGCUCUUUUUGCACUUCUUUGGAAAGCAAUGACCAUGUGUACACAGUACACAGUAAAAGUAGAAACUCUAUUGCUUUUCUAUUGGAUUGCAAUCUAAUUGUGUAGGUUUUGUGAUGUAAGACAAAGGUAGACUGAAAAAAAAACAGCCUGCCACAGUUGUGCAGUGCAAGCUUCUUGUCAACAGCAGAAUAUUACUGGCAUAUUUUUUAAGGAGUACACUAUGAAAUGUUCAGUCCUCUCUGUGAAUUCUAAGAUCAGUACAAACAAAUGGCAAUGACUGGGAUGGCCACUAAUUAAGUAAUAUGGGUAUCAUGGAAUUUUGAAGGCAAGCAUGAAAGUCAUACACAAUAAUAGUAUCUCACAACAGAAAUGUUUCCAGUAUAUUUGUGUUACGUGCAGUACAUUGUGUUAAGUGAAAGAUAAAGAACAAAAAUGCAGGAUAUCAAAAACACAAGCACAAGUCAUGUCCUACUGAAUCAUUCAUAUUGUUGCUUAUCUCUCUAUUACUGACCACUAAUGGUGUAAUGAUGAGGACAACAAAUACUGCAUGAUGUAAUAAACAGCCAAUUUCCACUAAUUCUAGUUGGGUAAUAUCAUACACAAAGAAGAUGACAGGAUUUUGUUUGUAAAUACUGGCUGCUUUGGGGCACUAUAUAAUAAUAAUGGUGAUAGUCAAUACAGAUCAUAUUAUUGAUGAAUAAUCCAGGUCAGGCUUAGACUUUCUAUGCAGAUCAUGGAAUGAACCAGUAAUUAAUAUUAAUUAUAUUUAUAAAUUGUUCCAGGUCUUCACACAGAGUCCAGUUAUUCUCUGUUUUCCAGUGUACAAGUUGCUGUUCAAAUCCUCACUUAAUCAGAACCAGGCCUAGUGGGUGCAUUUACUCUGGAGAUUUUUUCAGUAAAACUGUACAGUAUUUAAAUUAAGAUGGAGAUUUCUGGUAGGUUGCAGACCCUUUUGAUGGCAAUUAACAAAUCAAAGCCAGAUGUUCUUUGGCUCAAGCAGCAGCUGGACACAGUUUGUUAUUCCCUGGCCCAUUGUAUUGCACGCCGCCGGUCUUGUGUACAGUAACUAUCCGUCUGGUGUACUCUGCCUGGUUGGUAUUACUGAUUGGUGUCGUUUGUGGGUCCAGCUGAGUCUUCAUUACAAAAUGCAGGCUGAAUCCAGUCUACCCAGCUGAGCUCACGUAACUGGACAUAGGUACUUCAUAAACAGCUCUGAAAUAAUCCAACACUUUUUCAGGUAAGUUUCUCAGCUAUCAGCUAUGCCAAUUUUAUUUUAAGACAAAUAUACAACACAGAUUGCACACCAUUAGGAAAUACAAAAGCCCUUAAUUUUAAAAUUGUAAAAAAAACUCAACCAAAUCAAAUCAUACACAACAGUAUUUAUUUGAUAAGCAUAACAAUUUAGUAACUGAAACUGUAGCCUCAAUAACUAAUUGGAGAUUUUCUUUUCUUUAAAAAUAGUGGGGGUGGAGAGGAGGUAAAUAGCUGGAUUUUUUUUUGCCUUUGUGCAGUAUUCAGAAGGUCAUGACCUUCAAGUUUGUAAGUCAAUCAUCCAGCCAAUUUGUACAUCAGUACAUAAAGUACAAGACCAUCGCUGCUUAAAUAAUGAUUAAUCAUCAUGUAACACUUGAAUAAUAAAGAGGUGCUGAUGUCUGACUGUGCCAGAUAAUGAGAUCUACAUGCAGUUUUAUACCAGCAACUUAUCUGUACAUUUGAGCUAGCAUUGCAAGAACAUUUCAGCCAUGGUCACUGUUCUCUGUGAAUUUUAUACUCUUACAGCAUUACAUAUUUAGAUAUUUAUUGAAAACAAAACAUUAAAAGCAGAAAAUGCGGGUGGGAGGUGUUCAGGGAGUCAUAAACAAAUGAUUUAUUAAGUGUCCCAACUCCAGAACAAGCAGGUGAGAGGGGGCAUGAUGGUUUGACAUACAAUGGGUUUAAUUUUGGAGGAUUUCUUUAUCAAGAAAUACCACAAAAUAAAUCUCCCAUUUUCCACCUGAAAAGCUUGGGUUUGAGUCAAACCAACUGAUCAAAAAAAAACUUACUUUUUCUUUGAUCAGACGAGUGUCUGACUUGCAUUUGUAUUACAAAACAUUUAUCGCACUGGAGUCUGGAAUCACUUCACAAUAUGAAAAUUAGAAAUAGAGGGAAUGUUAUGUCAGAAAUCACAGCAGUUAAUUUGCAUCAGGCACAUCAAGGACAACAGUGAGGUGAGCAGCCAAUUCAUCUGAAUUAUUUGGUGCCAAUUUGGUUGAUGGAAACAUAUCAGAUGAAAGUUAUCUCUCCUGCCUGUAAGAUCCUAGGUCGAAUGAGUAUAAGUAGAAGCUCAACUACAUUUUUAGCAACUGCAGGUCCACAGGACAGAACUAGCCAUAGGUGGGUGUCAGCCUCAGAGAGCUGGUGUGUGACAGACCGAUGAAAUGAGGGCUGGAGAUAAGGCACAUAUAUUAGGAGAGAAAUUCUCCUUGGACUUGACUUGGAAUUUUUGCCUAGCGUUAAAAACAUGCAUAUUUUCGAAAAUUCUUAAAUUCAGUCUUAUGUUUGUGGCUUAUUUUUCUAAGGUCUACAGAAAACUAACUGCAAAAUUAAGACUGAAUUUAAUAAUGGUACAAAAUGUGCAUGCUGUAAAAUGCUAAGGAAAGAGUCAUGAAGCAUAAACCCAGUUGGAAUUUCUCUCCUAUAGUAAGUGUAGAACACAUAUAGAGCUCUUAGUCUACAGCUGGCUGGCUUAUACCUAGUCUGGGAGUGCUUGUCCAGAACAGACUGGGUAUAUUACCCUUCACUGUGUUCAGCUGUGCUCUGUAAUUAAAACUCAGCAGGAACUAGGAAGAGCACCUUUGAAUUGGAAACAGAAAUGGGAAGAACUACAUUAGAUGUAAGCUGUAAUUACCCUGCCCAAGUCCGGCAUUGAUUGGUCUGGUGUUGUUGCUGGCAAUGGCAGUCUGAAAUGAGAAAGUGUUCCAUUUCCCAAUGCAGACAUACUUAAUGAGCAUUAGAUUCAGCAGAGUAAACAUUUUCACUAAAAAUAAUUAAAUUUCCAACCCCUAGAAUAUAGUGCAGUAAGUAUUUCCAAAAAUUGAGAACUGUAGUAGUUUUCAAAACAGACACAGUCAUCUAUUAAAUUACAGUUAUACAGUAGAUGGUCAUCUAGCACUUGGAUUGGCCUGUCAUUUCAGGAAUAUAGAAUUUAAAAAGUAUAUAUUUUAUCCAUCAAACAUAAGUUAUUUCAUGAUCCCUGACUCCUUAUCUUUGGCAUAUGAAGAGACAUUGUCCUAUUCCAUGUGGCAUUUGAUGGGAAACGGUGACUGACUUAAAAAGCUACUAAUACUGUAAUUCUGAUGUUGUUAGAGAAUAAACAAGAUUAGGCUUUAGAAAAAACUAACCAGGCAAAUGCAGCACAAUACGGUUUAUACAUGUAUAGCAUCUUUCAUGUUGAGAAGCCAUAUCAAGUGAUAUUUCUAACCAAUUUGCUACAAUUUGCAUGCUCUUUCACUAAUAUCAAAGCUUGCCUGACAUAGUGGUUAUAUUUUAAGAGAGAACAUCAAUUGCACAAAUAAUCUGAAUUUCUUAACUAUUGUAUUGAGGAGAGGUGCAGAGAGCUGAUGUUGGCUGUAACAUUGUACAUUUGCUAAUGUUUACCUUUUAAUUAUUUUGCUGAGUUCAUUCCAGACAGCGCUUUGGUUUUUCUUUGGAUGAUUUGUAAAAAUGUUUGUAUUGAUGGUACACUUAUGAACAAAACUAUUGUUAUAGAGGAGAAGGCAAUGGCUGGCCAGUGCUGUACAGGUGACUGAUCGUAUCAAGGGUAUGUUUUUGUACAGUAGUCAAUGAGGGAAAAAAAGGAUUUGAUGUCACAAAGUGAAUAACUAUGUAUCUCAACCAAAAUUUUUCUUUUGCUUUUUGAACUUUGGCUUUAAUAUUGUAUAUAAUAAAUGCACAAAUAUGCAGUAUGUUGCAUUAUUUCUUCCAAGAUAAUUUUAUUUGGUUUCCGCAGUGGCUCACUGAGUUUAUCCAGCAAGUAGCUGACCCAUGGAGGCUGGGAAAGUCCCAGAUUCAAAAUUCAGUUUGCACUGAGUUUGGCUGAGGAUGUCGGGAGAAGAUAGGAUUGGGCUUGACUUUCCCCUGUCUCAGUCCAUAUCCCAUGGUCAACUGCUAACAUCCACUGACUAGCCACAGUUAAUAAUAUGCAUUUGGUAUAGUGCCUUUCACCUCUGAAGG